AUGAACGAGCAGUGGGAUGUCGGCCGGGCCCUGGCUCUCUCCGGCCUGUUCCGUGUCCUGCAGGGCGCGGGCAGGGCCUGCGCGGCCCCGUUCCUGACGCUGUACCUCCGGCACCUGGGGCUGCCGGCUCCGCUGGUAGGGGUCGUGGCCGGGGCCCAGCAGCUGGCGGCGGCUCUCUGGACUCCCCUCUGCUCCCGCUGCCCCAGGGGCCGCAGCAAGCAGCGGCUGCUGGUUGCCGGCACCUUGCUGGGCUCGGCGGGGGCCAGCCUGCUGCUCACCCUCAUCCCGCCCGCCGACCGCGGCGCGGCCUUCAAGUACUGUAACGCCAGCCAGCAGCCGGGGCACCGAGCGGCGGCCACCGCGGGGCCGAGUCCGGGCACAGGUAGCGACGGUGUUUUAAGCAGGAGUGCUGUGAGCAGCACCCGAGCUGCGUCCAGAGAAGCAAUGGAGACAACUGCUGGUGUCCUCUUGCUAGCGAGCAGGGAGCCAGCGCUAACCAGUGCUGCCUUCCAGGGAUUAGCUGGCCUGACAGAUACCCCUGAGAAAAAAGGGGGUGGUGAAGGUGAUGCAAAGACAAAUGGCUACUUGGAUGGCCCCUCCGGCUGGACAGCUUCUGUGAAAGCAGUUAACUGGGAGACACACCAACCAGAAGUGCUUCCUGCCCCCAGACCUCCAGAGCAUGGGCUUGAGAAGGAAGUGAGCAGCCUGGGUUCUGCUGCAAUGGAUCCUGCUGAGAGCGCUGAAGAAAGCUCUUAUGGGACUGAAAGGGAUGAACUCUCCUUGUUUGCAACAACUCUUCCUACUCUUGGAGCUGCUUACGUGUCUAGAAACCUUUCAGACCACCAGAAGGACGCUGCAGAUGUCAGCUUCGAGGCACUGCAAAACAUCUUCCAGGACAGAGAGAGUCAGAUUUUUCUUCUGGUGCUGGGUGCUGUGGUGGUUUGGGAGCUGCUGGCUACCUCUCUGGAACGGGCAGUGGACGAGAGUCUCUACCAAUACCUCGACUUUGUCGACGCGACCGACAGGUACGGCAGGCUGUGGAUCUGGAGCUACGUGGGAGCGUCUGUAGGUGCCUGCAGCAUCUCCGUGGUGGUGGAUCGGCUGAACUGCUUCCUCAGCGGCUCCACCCCCCGCCUGGCUGUCCAUUUCUAUGGCUAUGCUGUGCUGGUACCGCUCUCCCUGCUCGUCAGUGCCUUUUUCCCCAUCCACGUUCCCAAGAAGCCCGACCGCGUUAACAGAGCGGCCAAAGCCCUGGCGCUGCUCUGGAGCGAGGGCCGAGCCUUCCUCUGCGCCCUCACCGUCUUCCUCACCGGCGCCGCCGGCUCUGCCUUGCACAACUUCCUCUUCUGGCAGCUGGAGGACCGAGGCAGCAGCGAGCUGUACAUGGGGCUCUCCGUGGCCGUGGGGCUGCUUGCAGAACUCCUGCUUUAUUUCUUCAAAGGCAAGCUGCUGAGGACUUUUUCCAGCAGCAAGAUCGUCGCGGCCAGCCUGAGCCUGCUGGCGGUGCAGCUUCUCUGCUACUCCUUCUUGCGGGCUGCCUGGCCAGUUCUCCUUCUCCAGACCUUGUCUGCCUUCAGCGGCGGCGCUCUGUGGUGGGUGGUUAACACCACCGUGGAUGACAUCAGCACUCCGGGCAUGGAGAGGUCCCUGCACGCCGUUCUCCGGGACCUUUUCCACGGUGGAGGAGCAAGCCUGGGCAGCGUGGCAGGGGGAUUUAUCGUGGAGCACUUUGGCCUGGCAGUCCUGUACAGGGCCUGCUGCGUGGCCCUGGUGCUGUGGCUCUUCUUCUUCCUAAUUGUCCAAUCCAAAUUGCCACGGCAGAAAAAAAUUAACUAUUCUCGGCUGCUGGCUGCUGAUUCCAGUGAUGUGAGUGACUCUGAUGAGGAGAACGAGAGGGACUGGCUGGUGAAAGCUAUGAGGGAGGAAAGCUUUCACAGGAGCUGGUAA